AUGCAUCCGCAAGCCUCGUUCUGGCCACUCGCCUGCUGCCUUGUGCUGCUGCUGCUUCCAUCCGGAAUCCGAUCGCUGUGCAACGACAGCUUUGAGCCGGGAUGCCUCAACCCGGUGGAGCUGCACAUCCCCCAGCGUUAUUGUAUAGACCCCACCAAGUACUGGCUCUGCAACGACAUCGGUUCGCAGGCCCAACUCCGUAAGUGCCAGCCCAACACCGGAUUCGACCAGGACCUUAACGCCUGUGUGCCGUGGACCGCAUGGGAGUGGAAGCCGUGUCAGGAACCACCCAGUCGUCCUCCUGGAUAUGUGCCGUGCUAGGAAAGUAAGGAAGUCCAGAUUCCU